AUGAAUCGAAUUUUCGGCCGUGGUAAACCUAAGGCACCUGGACCAAGCAUAUCGGAAUGUAUUAGCAAUGUAGACAGCAGAGCUGAUAAUAUUGAACAAAAGGUUCAAAAAUUGGAAACUGAGUUAAGGAAGUAUAAGGACCAAAUGGCAAAAAUGAGAGAGGGUCCUGCCAAAAAUUCGGUGAAACAAAAAGCUAUGAGAGUUUUGAAACAAAAAAAAAUGUAUGAACAACAGUUGGAAGGCUUAAGGAAUCAGGCAUUUAACAUGGAACAAGCCAAUUAUGCUACACAAACUUUGAAGGAUACACAUACAACAAUAGCUGCUAUGAAAGAUGGGGUCACUCAGAUGAAAAAAGAAUUCAAAAAGAUAAACAUUGAUUCCAUUGAGGAUGUUAAUGAUGAAUUAGCUGACAUGUUAGAACAAGCUGAUGAAGUGCAGGAUGCAUUGGGUCGUCAAUAUGGUGUACCUGAGAUAGAUGACGAUGAACUUGCAGCAGAGCUUGAUGCCCUUGGUGAUGAAAUUGCUCUAGAUGAUGACACCUCAUACUUGGAUGACGUUGUCAAGGCUCCGGCUGCCCCGGACAAAGAACCUGGAGCUGAUAGCAUACGCAACAAGGAUGGAGUACCAGUUGACGAGUUUGGCCUGCCUCAGGUUCCCAGCGCUGCGCAGACAUCACGU